UGUCCUUUUUUUAAAAUUUUGUUUACGUUUAGAGAUGGUUGUGUAUCUUGUUCUGAGAAGAAGCCUAAAACGUUGUUAACACUUGUGCCUUUUACGUGCUGUGCCAACAAUUCUCAAGCUAUUUGAAGCCUUCGUAUUGACUUGCUAUAGUUUCGCGGCAUCACUGCCGUUCCUCUCACGACUGCUGUCCAAAGUGCGGAGCCGUUUCUAAAUCAACCUGAAACGACGCGUCGUGGGCAUGGCUGACGCCGAGGCUGACGCCGGCGCGGAAAGGACCCCCGUCCCCCUCGCCCAGGACCUGGUGACCACCGGCAAACCCGAAGAGCACCUCCGAACCGACACGGGAAAAGGGCCGUUUGAGUGCGCUAUAUGCAACAAGAAAUUAUCAAGUAAAGGAACCCUGCGUACGCAUCUACGAACACAUACAGGAGAAAAGCCGUUUGGGUGCACUGUUUGCCACAAAACAUUUUCUAGUAAUGGAGACAUGCGCAGGCAUCUCCGUAUACAUACAGGAGAAAAGCCGUUUGAGUGCACUUUAUGUGAAAAGAAAUUCAAAAGUAGUGAAGAACAGCGCGUGCAUCUACGUACCCAUACAGGAGAAAAGCCAUUUGAGUGCACUUUAUGCAACAAGAAAUUCGGAUUUAGUGGAAAGCUGCGCAGGCAUGUCCAAACACAUACAGGAGAAAAGCCUUUUGAGUGCAAUAUAUGCAACAUGAAAUUAUCAACUAUGGAAAGCUUGCGCUUCCAUGUCCAAACUCACACAGAAGAAAAGCCAUUUGAGUGCGCUACAUGCAACAAGAAAUUCAGAAUUAUGGGAUACCUGCGCAAGCAUCUCCAAACGCAUACAGAAGAAAAGCAAUUUGCGUGCAUUGUUUGCAACAAGAAAUUUGCACAAUCUGCCGGUCUGCAAAGUCAUCUCGUAUCCCAUACAGAAGAAAAGCCUUUUGAGUGCACUGUUUGCAACAAGCGAUAUGCUCGUAGUGUCAAUCUGAAAAUACAUCUCCGAACCCACACAGGAGAAAAGCCGUUUGAGUGCGCUAUAUGCAACAAGAAAUUCGCAACUAAGGGAGAACUGGGCUUGCAUCUCCGAACACACACAGGAGAAAAGCCUUUUGAGUGCAAUAUUUGCAACAAGAAAUUCGCAACUAAGGGAAACCUGCGCUCGCAUGUCCAAACCCAUACAGGAGAAAAGCCUUUUCAGUGCAAUAUAUGCGACAAGAAAUUCGCACAAAUUGAUCACUUGCGCAGGCAUGAACGAACUCACACAGGAGAAAAGCCAUUUGAGUGCACUGUUUGCAACAAGAAAUUCGCAGGACAAGGCAACCUGCGCCAGCAUCAACAUACACAUAGAGGAGAGAAGCUCUUUGAGUGCACCGUAUGCAACAAGAAAUUUACACAACCCAGCUGUCUGAGAAUGCAUCUCCGAAUUCACACAGGAGAAAAGCCAUUUGAGUGCACUGUAUGCAACAAGAAGUUCAGAGAGAGUCACCACCUGCGCGGGCAUCUCCGAACACACACAGGAGAAAAGCCUUUUGAGUGCACCGUUUGCAACCAGAAAUUUGCAAUAAAAAGCAAUCUGCUAGUCCAUGUCCGAGCGCACUCGGGUGAAAAGCCGUUUGAGUGUGCUGUGUGCAACAAGAAAUUCAAAAGUAGUGGAGGACUGCGCAAUCAUCUUCGAACACAUACAGGAGAAAAUUCUGUUGAAUGCUUUAUAUGCAACAAGAAAUUGUCGCAACCUCAAUGUCUGAGAAUCCAUCUCCGAACUCACACAGAGGAAAAGCCAUUCGAGUGCACGUUAUGCAACAAGAAGUUCACAGUGAGUGGGGACCUGCGGAGGCAUCUCCAAACACACACAGGGGAAAGGCCGUUUAAGUGCACUGUUUGCGACAAGAAAUUUGCAGUAAGUGGGUCCCUGAGAACUCAUCUUCGAACCCAUGGGGAGCACGUGUGACAAGAAACGUUUACCAAUGAAACGUUGUGUUGUUGUUUUUACAACUCACACGUGCCAGUAGACUCUGAAUCUGAGAAUCGAAACAUGUCUAUGUGACGACGUCUGACGAACCGUUUUGCAAAUUGUUAUAUUGCAACUGGGGAUUGCGUGUGUAGCAACGUUUUGAGCCUAUUUGUAUUGUAUUUGAUGACCGUAUGGAGGCGCCUCUUACACUGUCCGUCGGCGAGGGGCGCCAGGGUGGCUGCGGGCACGGCCCGCUCCUCGAGGGCGGGGGCCGGGGGCGGCGCGGGGGCGGCGGCGGCGGCGGAGAGCAGCGCGGCGGCCAGCGACGGCGGCGUCAGCGUGGUGCCACCCGCACCCUCCGCCUCAGCGGCGCCGGGCUCCACGGGGCCUGCAAGACAUAUUGGCAGCCACUCUGUUACAAAACCGUCUGGUACAAAAAAAAAAAAGUAAAUACAAGCAGCAGGUUUAAACACAAAAGUCGUUCCUCCACUUUGUCGUGAAUGUAAAUUUCGGUAAAUUUCAAAAAAAAAAUCAAUAAAAUAAGAUAAAAAUGUAAUUGAGUUCUCUACUUUGUUGUAAAUGUAAAGUGCAAAAAAAAAAUAUCAAUAAAAUGUAAUAAAAACGUAAUAAAGUUCUCCACUUUGUCGUAACAUAGAACACUAUUCUUUUCAAUUCCCCUAGGUUCUGGCAGUGUUAUAUUGAUGAGCAUCAGGUCCGGGUUGUUGCCCGGG